GCUGGAGUAAUGAAAUGUCAGUCUGUUACUGUCAGCGGUUGCUCUAGGAUGGGGAAUAGCUUUUUCUCGCCUUGCAAUUGUCUGUAGUCAGUAGCAAAGGGGUACCGCGUUCAAGGGGUCACUAAUUAAGGGCUCCCAGUUCAUUUAAAAUUUUUUUAAAGUCGUGGAAAGUUAUGCCACGACUUCAACCAAGUAAAUUUAUUUUUCCCAUGUACAAGCGUCAACGAAUCAAGAAUUGUCAAGGUGAAGAAAAUAUUAAAUAACGUAAAUAAUAAUAUUAAAUAAGGGUGAUAAUUUUAUCAACUACUGAAUUGGUAAUUCAAAAGUUGUUUAAAUAUUUACAACUUUAUAAAUCCCUUAAUUCCAUACAAAUGAACUUUAUAAAGCAUAUUGUAUUUGGAAAAUACCUCAUAGUCACAAACACCGUGAGCUGUGGUUUGAUGAUGGGUAUUGGGGAUAUUUUGCAGCAACGCAGUGAACAAUGGAAACGUAAAUAUUUACAAUCGUUUACUGAUCAGGAGCUUGAUAUAAUGGAUGAUAAAAAAAGUAAUUUAUUAUUUGUACAUUGCUCCAAUAAUUUUAAUAAUGACAGUACGAGCAAUCAGCUGGUAAAUUUGACGAAUAAAUUCCAAGAUAACGACUCGGUGACCAAUUCCCAUGAUCUUGUGAGAACGAGAAACAUGGCGAUGAUUGGUUUGAUCCAAGGUCCAUUCCAUCAUUACUUUUACGCGUUUUUGGAUCGAUUUCUGCCAGGUAGAACAGCCAGGUCGGUUGUAAAAAAGACAUUUCUUGAUCAAAUUAUUGCCAGCCCUACUUGUCUUUCUAUUUUUUUCUUCGGUCAUGAGAUGCUCGAGCAGCGCGACUUUCGCUUAAUGUACGGCGAAAUUUUGGAGAAACUUCUGGAAACUUAUAAAGUGGAUUGUUGCUUUUGGCCUCCCACGCAAAUUUUGAAUUUCUUGUUCGUACCAAUUCAAUACCGCGUAAUUUACAUUAAUCUUAUGAAUGUUUUUUAUAAUAUAUUUUUGUCAUACACUAAAUAUGAUGCUGACUAAAAAUUGGACAAUGAUGGAGAAUAUUAUUACCUACUUUACGUUAUCUGAUAAUUCAAAUAAAAAAAAUGUAAAAAAUAUUUUUGUAUCAAAAAUUAAUAAAUUUUAAUUAAAAGAAUUGUUUUUAAAUAUUUUCGAGUAUUGAUU